AUGGAUUCGUCAAAUCUUGUAUUCGAUCACAAGGUCAUCAUCGGUUUUGCCCCUGUGCUAACUUACGCAGCCUGCGAAUGGUUCCUCAUAUUCCUCAUGUUCAUCGAUGCUCUUCUCUCCUAUCUUCUCGUUUGGUUCGCUCGUUACUGCAGAUUGCAGAUGCCUUGUUUCCUCUGUUCCAAGCUUCUCCAUCCUCUCCAGUGGAGGUUCUUGCUCUGCACCAACCACAGAUCAGAGGUUUCUUCCUUCAUGUCGUGUCACAAUCACGACAACAACCUCGCUGACGGUCGUGGCAUGUGCGAUGACUGUCUCUUGUCCUUCACCAAGAUGACCGGUCCCAAUCCAGACAUGAACAGAUUGCUUCUCGGGAAGCUAGGGUAUGAUCUGCUCUCUAAAACCCAUUUUGCUCACCCUAGAUCAUGUUCUUGUUGCAAUAGACCAUGGAGGACGAGGCAUCAUACGCAGAGACUCGUUCGGUUAGGCUCUCGGGGAAGAAACUCACCCGGUAAACCCAACAUUCCAGCUCCAAGGCAGCUUCUUACUCGGCGAGGAAGCGGCGGAAGUUUGAAGAAGAUGAGAGCUCAUAAGCCAACAAGUGGUGCUGAGUAUGUCAACAUUGGAAGCCGCAGAGAUGGUAUGGCUCAUGUUGGCUACACAGAGCUCAAGAUUUACUCGGAUUCUGAGUCCGAGUUCCUGUUUUCAGAUGAUGAUGCAUUCCUCCAUAUAACCGACUUCAACGCUGAGCCAUCUGAGAAACGUAUUCACAAGCCUCGGUCUCGGAAAUCGUUUGAAGACAAGAAGAAGAUGCCGGAUCAUAGACGGCCUUAUUUGCAGGAUAAGAACAUUCAUGUAGACGAUAGUGAAAGUGUCGAAUCUUCCAUGCCUGGUCAUAAUGUUGUAGAUGAGAACAAGCAACGACAACCUGUUGAACCAGAGGAGCAUGAAGCUGUACUCUCAGAGCUUAUAACUAUGAGUGAAGCUCGUCCCUUCUUACUGGGAUUACCUCGAGAGGACGAUGCAGGAGUAUCAGAACAAUAUGAAAGUCAAGCUGAGGCAAGUGGCAACUCAUCUCCUUCUGGCGGAGAAUUCUUAAGCCCUUAUGGAGAAAACGCUGCAUCUCGGGAAAUCCAGUUUCAUGCGCAAAAUGAUUCUGCAGACUAUAAUCAAAACAUCCUUAGUUCAGCUAUAAAGAUAGAAGCCUCUGAGGCAGCUAUGGAGCAAAAGGCGUCUGGUCACGUAGAUGUGCCUGGUUCUGUUGCAGAUGAGUCUUCUAGUGAUGAGGAAAAUGGAGUUGAAGGAGAUUUCAAGCCUUUGACGUCUAAUGACAUGCCAGUUUCUCCAGCACAGGAACAGUCAAGUGAGGAAGAAAACGAGGUUAAAGAAAACAAUGUUGCAGAAGAAUACUUCAGUAAUGAAGAAGAAGAUGAGGUCAAUGGACAUUCCGAGGGGUCGACAUCCAAAAAUGUGUCUGCUUCAUUUGCUGAAGAACAAUCUAGUGAGGAAGAAGAUGGAAGUAAUGGCUAUUCGGUUGCGAGAUCCCAUUCAAGUAAUGAAGAGGAUGAUAACAAUGGAGACUCUGAACCUUUGACAUCAAACAAUGUGACUGGUUCUGCCACAGAAGAACACUCAGGUAAAGAAGAACAUGGGGAUCAAGAAGAGACUGAGCCCUUGACAUCACCAAAAAUCUCCAAUGAAGAGUCCUCAUUAGAACAUAGGGAUAAAGAUUCCUCGAAGGUAACAGAGACACAUAAUACUUCAAAUAGAUCACCGGAACUAAAGCACUCUGCUUCUGUGGAAUCUUUUGUAAGCAUUAGCAGUGACAUUGAGGGAGAAAGUCUUGUUGAUCUGUUAAAGCAACAACUAGAGCAUGACAGGAAAUCCCUAAGAGAUUUGAGUAAAGAAUUGGAGGAGGAAAGAAAUGCGUCAGCUAUUGCUACAAAUCAAGCAAUGGCGAUGAUCACACGGUUGCAGGAGGAGAAAGCAGCUCUCCAUAUGGAAGCUUUACAGUACCUGAGAAUGAUGGAUGAGCAAGCGGAACACGACGUUGAUGCACUUGAGAGAGCAAACGAUGUAUUAGCUGACAGGGAAAAGGAAAUACAAGAUCUUGAGAUGGAGUUAGAAUAUUAUAGAGUAAAGUAUCCAGAUGAGCCAAGAGAAGAAAUUCUCGCCAGCAUGGGGAUUCUAGGUGAUAUAGAAACGAGCGACAUCCCAACAACUGAUGAGACCAGCGAUAAAGCUCCAACAGACAUCAAACCUACUGGUUCUCCGUCAGCGGGAAUUUGA